UCCAAUUAAAGCCGGGCAGCAGAAUACACACACCAAAGUCAGCAUGGAGCACAACAAGGAGUGUCUCAUAAACAUUUCCAAGUACAAAUUCUCCCUGGUCAUAAGUGGACUUACACACAUCCUCAAGAACGUGAACAUCAUGAAGAUAUACGGAGAAGCUGCUGAAAAGAAUUUAUACUUGUCUCAGCUGAUUAUAUUGGAUACACUGGAAAAAUGUCUUGCUGGGCAACCAAAAGACUGUAUGCGAUUGGACGAGACGAUGCUUGUCAAGCAGCUGCUACCCGAGAUUUGCCAUUUUAUUCAUACGCAUCGGGAGGGAAACCAGCAUGCAGCCGAGCUCCGGAUUUCUGCAUCAGGAGUCCUGUUUUCUUUAAGCUGCAAUAAUUUUAAUGCAGUUUUCAGUCGGAUUUCAACAAGGCUACAAGAACUGACAGUUUGCUCUGAGGACAACGCUGAUGUCCAUGAUAUAGAUUUGAUACAGUACAUCAACGUGGACUGCGCAAAACUUAAAAGGCUUUUGCAGGAGACAGUCUUCAAGUUUAAAUCGCUGAAGAAGGUGGCCCAGCUGGCGGUUAUCAACAGUCUUGAAAAGGCAUUCUGGAAUUGGGUAGAAAAUUAUCCUGAUGAGUUUACAAAAUUGUACCAGAGACCUCAGACGGAUAUGGCAGACUGUGCAGAGAAGUUAUUUGACUUGGUGGACAAUUUUGCAGAAAGCAACAAGCGGAAAGUAGCUGUAUGGCCCUUGCAGAUCAUUUUGCUAGUUCUGUGUCCUGAAAUUAUCCAGGACAUUUCUAAGGAAGUUGUAGAAGAAAACAAAAUGAACAAGAAACUAUUUCUUGAAAACCUCAGGAAAGCUUUAACUGGGCAUGGCGUAGGAAAACCACUGACUGAAAGUGCUGCAAUUGCUUGUGUCAAGUUGUGCAAGGCUUCCACUUAUGUCAAUUGGGAGGAUAAUUCCGUCAUAUUUCAUCUUGUCCAGUCUUUAGUCAUUGACUUGAAGAAUUUGCUGUUCAAUCCCAGCAAACCUUUCUCGAGAGGUGCAGGAAACCAGAAUGCAGAUGUGGAUCUUAUGAUUGACUGCCUUGUUUCUUGCUUUAGGAUCAACCCUCACAACAACCAGCAUUUCAAAAUUUGCUUGGCACAGUCCUCGCCUUCAACAUUUCAUUAUGUGCUGGUUAAUUCUUUGCACAGGAUUAUCACCAAUUCUGCACUGGACUGGUGGCCCAAGAUCGAUGCUGUUUAUUGCUACUCAGGAGAACUCCGCAGCAUGUUUGCUGAAACGCUCAGAAUUGUCAUGCAGUUACAUACAGCAAUCCGUCUGACGCCGAGUCUUACCUUUAAAGAGAAAAUGCCAUACCUUAAAUUUAAAGAGAAGCCCACCGAUCUGGAGACCAGAAGUUAUAAGUACUUGUUGCUGUCAAUAGUCAAACUCAUCCAUGGGGACCCAAAGCUGCUUUUAUAUAACCCAGGAAAAGCAGGACCUGACACACAGAACAGUACCGCAGAGUUAAUUAACGGAUUGGUACAGUUGGUCCCCCAGACAAACAUGCCGGAGGUGGCACAAGAAGCCAUGGAGGCAUUGUUGGUUCUACAUCAACCAGACAGCAUUGAACUGUGGAAUCCAGAUGCACCAGUAGAAACCUUCUGGGAAAUAAGUUCUCAAAUGAUCUUCUGCAUAUGUAGGAAAUUGACAGGCCACCAAAUGCUCAACAGCACGGAAGUCCUUAAAUGGCUCCGAGAAAUAUUGAUUUGCAGAAAUAAAUUUCUUCUUAAAUACAAGGAAAGUGCUGCAGCUGGAAGUGGAAUCCCAAUUUGCCGACAAGCUCAGACUAAAUUGGAAGUUUCCCUCUACAUGUUUCUCUGGAGCCCAGAUAUUGAAGCUGUUCUAGUGGCAAUGUCAUGUUUCCGGAGCUUGUGUGAAGAGGCUGAAAUCCGUUGUGGGGUGGAUGAAGUGUCUGUCCACAAUUUCUUACCAAAUUACAACACCUUCAUGGAGUUUGCAUCUGUCAGCAAUAUGUUGUCAACUGGCAGAGCAGCUCUACAGAAGCGAGUUAUGGCCUUACUUAGAAGAAUAGAGCAUCCGACAGCUGGAAACACAGAGGCAUGGGAAGACACAUAUGCAAAGUGGGAGCAAGCAACAAAGUUAAUCUUAAACUUCCCAAAGACUAAACUGGAAGAUGGUCAGGUCACUGAAAGUCUUCAUAAGACCAUUGUGAAGAGGAGGAUGUCUCACGUGAGCGGAGGUGGAUCUAUAGAUCUUUCAGAUACGGACUCUCUCCAGGAGUGGAUUAACAUGACUGGGUUUCUUUCAGCCCUUGGUGGAGUUUGUCUGCAGCAUCGAAGCAGUGUCGGACUUGUCACUUACAGUCCGCCAAUGGGCCCUGUAAAUGAACGCAAAGGCUCUGUCAUCUCAAUGGUGUCUACGGAGGGAAAUGCUGAAACCCCUGUCAGCAAGUUUCUUGAUAGGCUUCUGUCUUUGAUGGUAUGCAACAAUGAGAAGGUUGGAGUGCAGAUACGAACAAACAUUAAAGACUUGGUUGGUUUAGAAUUAAGCCCUGCCUUGUAUCCAAUGCUCUUUAACAAAAUGAAGAACAAUAUCAGCAAGUUUUUUGACUCCCAGGGGCAGGUUUUACUUAAUGACACCAAUACCCAGUUUGUUGAACAGACAAUUACCAUUCUGAAGAACUUGCUCGAUAAUCACACAGAAGGCAGUUCUGAACAUUUGGGACAAGCCAGUCUUGAGACCAUGAUGCUCAAUCUUGUCAGGUAUGUCCGUGUACUGGGGAACAUGGUGCAUGCCAUUCAGAUCAAGACAAAGCUUUGUCAACUGGUGGAGGUGAUGAUGGAAAGAAGGGACGAUCUUUCUUUUUGUCAGGAAAUGAAAUUCAGAAAUAAGAUGGUAGAAUACUUGACAGACUGGGUAAUGGGAACUUCUAAUCAAGCAGCAGAUGAAGAUGUCAAGUGUCUAACCAGGGACCUAGACCAGGCAAGCAUGGAGGCUGUGGUGUCUCUUCUUGCUGGACUACCUCUUCAACCUGAGGAAGGAGAUGGAGUAGAAUUAAUGGAAGCUAAAUCACAGUUGUUUCUCAAAUAUUUCACCCUGUUCAUGAAUUUACUGAAUGACUGUAGCGAGGUAGAAGAUGAUGGGACCCAGACAGGGGGCAGGAAGAGAGGAAUGUCACGGCGAUUGGCUUCCUUACGACAUUGUACAGUUUUGGCUAUGUCAAAUCUGUUAAAUGCCAAUGUAGACAGUGGCCUUAUGCAUUCAAUAGGUCUUGGCUAUCAUAAGGAUCUACAGACGAGAGCUACUUUUAUGGAAGUCCUUACAAAAAUCCUUCAACAGGGGACAGAAUUUGAUACUCUGGCUGAAACAGUCUUGGCUGAUCGCUUUGAAAGACUGGUAGAAUUGGUCACCAUGAUGGGUGACCAAGGGGAGUUGCCCAUUGCCAUGGCUCUCGCCAAUGUCGUUCCGUGCUCACAAUGGGAUGAGCUUGCACGUGUCCUUGUGACGCUCUUUGAUUCCAGACAUCUCCUGUAUCAGCUUCUGUGGAACAUGUUUUCUAAGGAAGUCGAGCUAGCAGACUCCAUGCAGACACUUUUCAGAGGAAACAGCUUGGCUAGUAAAAUUAUGACCUUUUGUUUUAAGGUUUAUGGGGCCACCUAUCUCCAGAAGCUUUUGGAACCCUUGCUGAGAGUAAUCAUUACAGCCCCAGAGUGGCAGCAUGUCAGUUUUGAGGUCGACUCUACAAGGUUGGAUGGAGUUGAAGUCCUUGAAGAAAAUCAGCGUUGUCUUCUGCAGAUGACUGAGAAGUUCUUUCAUGCCAUUAUAAACUCGACCCUUGAGUUCCCUACCCAGUUGCGGAGUGUGUGCCAUUGUUUGUAUCAGGCAACUUGCCACUCCCUACUGAAUAAAGCUACCGUUAAAGAAAAAAAGGAAAACAAAAAAUCAGUUGUAAGCCAGAGAUUUCCACAGAACAGCAUUGGUGCAGUAGGAAGUGCCAUGUUCCUUAGGUUCAUUAAUCCGGCCAUUGUGUCUCCUUAUGAAGCAGGGAUAUUGGACAAGAAGCCACCUCCAAGAAUUGAACGUGGCUUAAAGUUAAUGUCUAAGAUUCUCCAGAGUAUUGCCAAUCACGUAUUGUUUACGAAAGAGGAGCACAUGCGUCCCUUUAAUGAAUUUGUGAAGAGCAACUUUGACGCUGCACGAAGGUUUUUCUUUGACAUUGCAAAUAAUUGCCCCCCAAGUGACACAGUUAAUCACAGCCUCUCCUUUAUUACGGAUGGGAAUGUACUUGCCUUACAUCGGUUGCUCUGGAACAAUCAGGAGAAGAUUGGACAGUACCUUUCUAGUAACCGGGAUCAUAAAGCUGUUGGUAGGCGGCCAUUUGAUAAAAUGGCAACUCUGCUUGCUUAUCUUGGCCCCCCAGAACACAAACCAGUAGCGGACACGCAUUGGUCUAGCUUGAAUCUGACCAGUUCCAAGUUUGAAGAAUUUAUGACCAGGCAUCAGGUACACGAGAAAGAAGAAUUUAAAGCAUUAAAAACUCUAAAUAUAUUUUACCAAGCAGGGACAUCAAAGGCCGGGAAUCCAGUUUUCUACUACAUUGCGAGGCGGUUUAAGACUGGUCAAAUAAACGGAGAUUUAUUGAUCUACCAUGUCCUUCUGACUUUAAAGCCAUACUAUGCCAAGCCAUAUGAGAUAGUGGUAGAUCUCACACACGCUGGGCCCAGCAAUCGUUUCAAGACAGACUUCCUUUCGAAAUGGUUUGUGGUUUUUCCUGGCUUUGCUUAUGAAAAUGUGACAGCCGUUUAUAUCUACAACUGUAACUCCUGGGUGAGGGAAUAUACUAAAUACCAUGAGCGGCUGUUAACUGGACUGAAGGGCAGCAAGAGGCUGAUUUUCAUUGAUCCAUCAGGAAAGUUGGCCGAACACAUAGAACACGAUCAGCAGAAACUCCCAGCUGCCACACUUGCUUUGGAAGAGGACUUGAAGCUGUUCCAUAAUGCACUUAAACUGGCCCACAAAGACACUAAAGUGUCCAUAAAAGUUGGUUCCACAGCUGUCCAGGUCACGUCAGCUGAGAGGACGCGGGUUUUGGGGCAGUCCGUGUUUUUGAAUGAUAUUUACUAUGCGUCUGAAAUUGAAGAAAUCUGUUUGGUGGAUGAAAAUCAGUUCACCUUAACCAUUGCCAACCAAGGAACACCUCUCACAUUCAUGCAUCAGGAGUGUGAAGCCAUUGUCCAGUCUAUAAUUCACAUACGGACUAGAUGGGAACUGUCACAACCAGAUUCUAUUCCCCAACACACUAAGAUCCGUCCAAAGGAUGUUCCGGGAACACUACUCAACAUUGCGUUGCUUAACCUGGGGAGUUCUGAUCCAAGUCUACGGUCUGCUGCCUAUAACCUUCUGUGUGCCUUAACAUGUACCUUUAAUUUAAAGAUUGAAGGGCAGUUACUGGAGACUUCGGGUCUUUGCAUCCCGGCCAACAAUACACUUUUCAUUGUCUCCAUUAGCAAGACACUGGCAGCUAAUGAACCUCACCUAACCCUAGAAUUUUUGGAAGAGUGCAUUUCUGGCUUCAGCAAAUCCAGUAUUGAACUGAAACAUCUGUGUCUGGAGUACAUGACCCCUUGGUUACUAAAUCUUAUCCGCUUCUGUAAACUUACUGACGAUGCAAAGCGCCAACGUGUCAGUGCGAUCUUGGACAAGUUGAUUACCAUGACUAUCAACGAAAAACAAAUGUAUCCGUCCAUACAAGCAAAAAUAUGGGGCAGUUUGGGGCAGAUCACAGAUCUUCUUGAUGUCGUUCUUGACAGCUUCAUUAAAACCAGCGCAACGGGUGGCCUGGGAUCUAUUAAAGCUGAGGUCAUGGCAGAUACAGCAGUUGCUCUAGCAUCUGGCAAUGUCAAGCUGGUUUCAAGCAAGGUCAUUGGAAGGAUGUGUAAAAUAAUAGACAAGACCUGCCUUUCUCCCACUCCUACGCUGGAGCAGCAUCUCAUGUGGGAUGAUAUUGCCAUACUCGCCCGAUACAUGCUUAUGCUGUCUUUUAACAACUCAUUGGAUGUGGCUGCCCAUCUUCCCUACCUCUUUCAUGUUGUCACGUUAUUGGUUGCUACAGGUCCUCUUUCUCUUCGAGCUUCCACCCAUGGACUUGUGAUCAAUAUCAUUCACUCUCUGUGCACUUGCUCACAGCUGCAUUUCAGUGAGGAGACAAAACAAGUACUGCGGCUCAGUCUGACCGAAUUCUCUCUUCCCAAAUUCUAUCUACUCUUCGGGAUCAGCAAAGUCAAGUCUGCAGCGGUUAUAGCGUUCCGAUCCAGUUAUCGGGAUCGCUCCUUCUCACCUGGUUCUUACGAAAGAGAGACCUUUGCUCUGACGUCAUUGGAAACUGUUACAGAAGCACUUUUAGAAAUUAUGGAGGCCUGCAUGCGAGAUAUCCCGAAUUGCAAGUGGUUGGACCAGUGGACUGAGCUUGCUCAAAAGUUUGCAUUCCAGUACAAUCCAUCACUUCAGCCUCGAGCGCUCGUUGUGUUCGGGUGCAUCAGCAAACGUGUCUCUCAUGGACAGAUCAAACAGAUCAUUCGCAUCCUGAGCAAAGGACUUGAAAGCUGCUUAAAAGGUCCUGAUAAUUACAAUAGCCAAGUUUUAAUAGAAGCCACUGUGAUAGCACUAACCAAACUACAGCCGCUUCUUAACAAGGAUUCCCCUAUGCACAAAGCCCUCUUUUGGGUGGCUAUGGCAGUACUGCAGCUGGAUGAAGUUAGUUUGUAUUCGGCGGGUACAGCUCUUCUGGAACAAAACCUGCACACAUUAGACAGCCUUCGAGUAUUUAAUGACAAGAGUCCAGAAGAAGUCUUUAUGGAAAUCCGCAAUCCUCUAGAGGAAUGGCAUUGUAAACAAAUGGACCAUUUUGUUGGCCUCAAUUUCAACUCUAACUUUAACUUUGCACUAGUUGGGCACUUGCUAAAAGGCUAUCGACAUCCUUCCCCUACUGCUGUGGCAAGGACAGUACGGAUUCUUCACACUCUGCUUGCACUCGUGAACAAACACAGGAAUUGUGAUAAGUUUGAAGUAAACACUCAGAGUGUUGCUUAUUUAGCAGCUUUGCUUACAGUGUCUGAAGAGGUGAGGAGUCGCUGCAGUUUGAAACACAGAAAAUCACUGCUGCUUACAGAUGUUUCAAUGGAAAAUGUUCCUAUGGAUACAUAUCCGAUGCACCACAGUGACCCCACUUGCAGAACACUGAAGGAAAACCAACCAUGGUUAUCCCCAAAAGGGUCUGGAAUGCACCUAGCUGCAAGCUACCCCACUGUUGGGCAGGUUAGCCCACGGACCAGAAAGUCUAUGAGUCUAGACAUGGGGCAACCAUCACAAGCAAACACUAAAAAACUGCUAGGUACAAGAAAAAGCUUUGACCAUUUAAUAUCUGACACUAAGGCUCCUAAGAGGCAGGAGAAUGAAUCUGGCAUCACUACACCUCCAAAAAUGAGGAGAGUAGCAGAGAAUGAUUAUGACAUUGAUACACCAAGAAUAUCAUCCCCUCAACAACAUCCUCACUUGCGGAAAGUAUCAGUCUCUGAGUCAAAUGUGCUCUUGGAUGAGGAAGUUCUGACUGAUCCUAAAACCCAGGCUCUGUUGCUGACUGUGCUUGCUACACUUGUGAAAUACACUACAGAUGAGUUUGAUCAGCGUAUCCUGUAUGAAUACUUAGCUGAAGCCAGUGUGGUCUUCCCUAAAGUGUUUCCUGUGGUACACAACUUAUUGGACUCUAAGAUCAACACCCUUCUGUCUUUGUGUCAAGACCCAAAUUUAUUAAAUCCUAUACAUGGAAUUGUACAAAGUGUGGUGUACCAUGAAGAAUCCCCUCCACAGUAUCAACCAUCUUACCUGCAAAGCUUUGGAUUUAAUGGGUUGUGGAGGUUUGCUGGUCCUUUCUCAAAGCAAACACAAAUCCCUGACUACGCAGAGCUCAUAGUGAAGUUUCUUGAUGCCUUGAUUGACAAGUACUUGCCUGUUAUCGAUGAAGAAGCCAGUGAGGAGUCGCUGCUGACGCCUACAUCUCCAUACCCUCCUGCUGUGCAGAGCCAACUGAGUAUUACUGCUAACCUUAACCUAUCCAAUUCCAUGACCUCCCUUGCCACUUCCCAGCAUUCCCCAGCUUCUCUGCCUUGCUCUAAAUCUGCAGUUUUCAUGCAGCCACUCCCUCAUCAAGGAAUCGACAAGGAGAACGUGGAAUUGUCCCCCACCACCGGCCAUUCAAAUAGCGGCAGAACGCGCCAUGGUUCAGCGAGCCAAGUGCAAAAGCAGAGAAGUGCUGGCAGCUUCAAACGUCAAAGCAUCAAAAAGAUUGUGUGAAGAUUUUUUAAUUACCCUUUUUAUUUAUUUAUUUUACAGUUCCUUUUCUAAAACAGACUUACCUAAGCGGUUGGCCCUCCAGUGGCCCCGCGCACAAUAUGAUGCUGCACUUAAUUUUUUUAACGUUCCCAUGCAGUCAGCCAUGUCGCCAGAAGAUCAACACAUUGAAAGCAUUGCUUGAACUCGACACCAUUUGGUUUCCUCAGCCUUUUUCUUCUUUUUUUUUCCUUUUCCCGUUCUCUCCAUUCUUAAAGGGAACCAUGGUCACAAGCAUAUCAACAACUUGUGAAUUUCAGAAUGAAGGAUUUUGUAAUUUUGAUAACGGUGGCCCAGCCUUUACUGCAUUUCCUGUUCAAAACGUUAGUGGCAUUUUCAUGAGUCUUUUUGCCUUGUCUUUUUUAUUACUGUUUGUGUUUGUUUUGCAUUUAACAAAUUGUCGAAACUAAUCCUUUCUAGUGGCUUUGGUGGGAAAAGUAUCUUAUUUAAACCCUCCCCCUCUGAAAUCACUUUUAGCUGUGGAAUUUUUUUUACCUAUUUGCUUAGAAUUAACUUCCCAGUCGGGAUUUAUUUUUUAUUUUUAUUAACCUAAUGGUACUUUAAAAGCAAAUAUGAGACAGGUGUGUGAAAGGGGCCACUACUAAUUUGAUUUCUGGGUACUUGCAAUAAAUUUCUCAAAUGAAUUAUAUUUUUAUUCCUAUAAAAAUAUGUUGAUCUAUAUUCCAAACAUUGCUGUUAAAGUAUUGAAGCAUUUCUGUCAUCUUAAAUGCACCAGUGAUUUCUGUCCUUAAAAUGCACUAUUUCUAAAAGGCAGAUUGUAUUCUGAAAUGGAAUCAUUUGACAUGUUGUGUAAAUAUUUGUUUGUAUUAAUUUGACGAGGAAAAAAAAAACUGUUUUAAAAGUAAAAGUGUGGUAAGUAAA